AUGAUUGCUUUGUCUAUUCCCUCAUUUAGGAAAGUGAAAGAUGAAACAGAAUCAGGAUAUUUUGUUUACGAAAUUCAUGUGACAAAACCAAGUGGUCGUGAGGUUACGAUCGAAAGACGGUUUCAGGAGUUCUAUCAAUUCAACAAACAAGUCUGUAAAUCGGUCAACAACCCUCCUCAUUUCCCAUCAACGAAGCUACCUAAGCCGCUGAAUACGAACACUAGAUUUUUGGAGUCGAGAAGAGCAGCUCUGGAGGAAUACUUGAGAAAUCUUGUAUCGUUAAUCGAGAUCAGCGAAGUUCAUGACCUUUUGACAAGAUUUUUGGAAACCAAUUUGCCACAGCAUAUUCGAAUGCAGAAUUUGGAUUAUUCAAGAAGUAGUUCGAUUGAAGAUCUUGAUGGAUAUUCAGUUGAAGGACCUAAAUUGACUCAUCAACCUCUUGUUUGCUUUGUUCGUGAUCCUUUUAAAGAUUAUGUCUGCAGCACAAAUGCCCUACCCGAUGUUGUUUUACAAGGUACUUUGGAAGGCUUGUAUGGAAAUCUUCAAGGUACACAAGUCACAGAUUGUUGUGAUAGACCUAGAGUUCAAUAAACGGCUGUCUUAGGUUAUUUUUUUGAGCUGAGCCUGACUGUCCGUCAUGGACAAUCAAAUCUGAUUUUACACAUGAGGUUGAAUAGAGGUAUCUGUUAAAAAGGUGGCACCCUAGCUAAUAAAUAAGUACAAUAUUCGCCAUUUGUGCAUCUCCCAUUAUACACCUUGUUUGUCCCCCAAAAUUUUGCAUAGCCGUUGUUUUUCAUUUCUGCUGAGUCUUACAGUCGCCCCAAAAGAUUGUUUCUUUUGGCGGGGGCGGGGGGUGGACAAGGUGUAUCGUGGGAGACGUGCAAGACAAGUGAAAAGUGAAAUUUUACACAGGUUUGAGAGGUCAAGUUUGAGAGGUCACCAUCUUGAUUUAACUUUGUGAGGAAAAUAUCUGGAGAGAAUUCAAAUCACUUAGAGCAAUCAGGAUUUGCACUCUGCCCAAAUACCGUCAGUCCUCUCAACAGACAGAAAAUUGAAAGAAUGUGACCAUUCAGAGUCUGUAGGUCAAGGUAGUACUCUGGUAGUGAGAGGGUCAUAGAAAUUGGGAGUUUGAUAAUGAGAGAAAAGGUAAGGUUUCCUAAGUUUGCUGUUGUUUUUCAGCACAGAGAUGGCAGUCUUCACCAACAGGAAAAAUUUAUUGGCAACAGGCACAAUUAAAAGGGAAAAAAUGUUAUUUUCAUAACAAAUUUAGGCAUCUUUCAUAUUAUAGCCAUUAGUAGUUUAUCAUAUUUAUCCAUUUUACUUUCUCUCUUAUUUUUCUACUUGUAAGUACUUUUACACAGAGUUUUUGAUUAUAACAGUCAAAUAGAGCAAGGAUCCAUGUGAUCAUGAAAAUAUUAAUUUUUUAUUUUGUUUCAGACAUCUAAGAUUAAUAGAGGUUCCUUUAUAAUAUUUUAUUUCUACAUGAAUACUUAUAUCAUUAUGAAUGCAUUGAAUUUGUCAAUGAAAACAUAAUAGUACCCCCUAUUUUGGGGCAUUGAAUUUUGAAGUUAUUUAUUAGCCUUUGUGUGGCUGUAAACUCAGGCUAAUUAUUUAUUAGGCUUAGUUGAAAAGCAAAGUGCACAUAAUGGCUCGUUGUCAUUAUUAGUAACAUAUUUUAUAUAAUAGUAUAAAUAAUUGCAAAUAAAUAAAAAUAUAGAUACCUGCUCCUUUUUCAUUAUUUUUUUUAUUUCCACAUAACCCACAGCAUAUUUUAAAGAGGUUGAAAACAACACCCUCUUAACAUAACUUCUGAAUCCUUUAUAUGAUGAUUAUUAAAAUCAUCAAUGAAAUGCUUUUUUCAACCUUAGCCCAGUUCGCAGCGGGAGAAUCCAGAAAAUCCUAAAAGAGCCAAGAGACUCAACGUCAUUGGUUAAAGAACUCUGAGAGCAUCUCUCUGUCCAACAAUUUUCACUGGCAAUAAAAAUACUCUUUAUGAUCCUUAGACAAUUUCAGACAAUAGGGGGUGCUUCGACCCCCCUCACUCCCUCUAAAUCUGCCCAUGAUUGCAGCAGAGAGUUAUAUAGAGAGAGGACUUGCUGUUAAUUACAGGGACAAUGCAACUGUUUUCAGCCUUUUAAACAGCCUGAAGAAACUGGAGACAUUUGGCAAUGCCACCACUGGUUUCUCAGCCAAUGACAUCUGA